AUGGGUGAUCUUGCGGAUAAUGCUUUGAUUAAAAAGCUCAACGAGUUUGGCCUGAAGCAUGAGGUUUACUCUCAUGCCGCUUGCAUGACGGCCGAUGAACUUGUUGCCAAUGUUCCUUUGGGAUCGGACAAAGAAACACACACAAAGAACUUGUUCUUUAAGGACAAAAAGCAUGGAAUAUUUUUGGUGACCCACGCUACAGCGACAACUUUCAACACAAAGCAGCUUGGUGCUCUCUUAAAGCUCGAAGGAAAAGUUAAUAUGAGAUUGGCAGAUGGUGCUACCCUUGAUAAGCAUUUGAAGGCGAAGCCAGGACAUGUCGGGCCACUUUGUAUUGUCAACGACGAAUCUAACGAGGUCAAAUUUAUUUUGGAUAAGGCGUUGAUGGACUAUGAGGUUAUCCACUCCCACCCCGCUCAGAAUGACGCAUCCGUCAAAUUGGCCCCUUCUGUCUUGCAAGAAUUCAUGACCAAGGCAGGAGUUGAACCUAUCAUUGUCGAUUUUACAGCAGCUCCACAGGUCCCAGCUGGUGGUGCUCCCCAACAGAAGGGAGAAAAGAAGCAAGGAGGAGGUGGAAAGCAACAAUCAAAGCAAAACAAGAAAAGUGCAAAAAAGGGAGACACUCUUCUUGCCCUUCAAUGGAAGAAGGAAGAAAACUUUCCCAUGUGGUACUCGGACGUUAUCGUUCUAAGUGAGAUGAUUUCCUACUAUGACAUCAGUGGUUGUUACAUCUUGCGUCCUUGGUCGUACAAGAUUUGGGAUCUGAUUCAACAGUGGUUCAAUGAGCAGCUUUUGGACCUGGACGUCGAAAACUGCUACUUUCCUCUAUUUGUUUCCCAAGAUCGUCUUGAAAAGGAAAAGGAUCACGUCGAGGGAUUCGCACCUGAAGUGGCAUGGGUCACAAAGAGUGGUGAAACUGAACUUGCACAGCAAAUUGCUAUUCGCCCAACUUCCGAAACAAUCAUGUAUCCUGCAUUUUCGGAUUGGAUCAAGUCGCACAGAGACCUUCCCUUGAAGCUGAAUCAAUGGAGCAACGUUGUUAGAUGGGAAUUCAAGGAUCCUACUCCUUUCCUGCGAUCUCGUGAAUUCUUGUGGCAAGAGGGCCACACAGCACAUGCCACCUAUGAGGACGCUGACAAGAUGGUCAUGCAAGCACUUGACUUGUACAAGCAGGUGUACCAAGAUCUCCUUUGUGUUCCUGUUGUCCCUGGAUACAAGACCGAGAAAGAAAAGUUUGCUGGAGGUCACAUGACAACAACUGUUGAAGCUUACAUUGCCGGAUCUGGGCGUGCCAUUCAAGGUGCUACCUCGCACAACCUUGGUCAAAACUUUGGUAAGAUGUUCGACAUCAAGUUCCAAGACGAGAAGGGUGAGACGAAGAUUGCAUGGCAAACUUCGUGGGGUUUGACUACCCGUACAAUUGGUGUGAUGGUCAUGGUGCAUGGCGAUGACAAGGGAUUGGUUAUGCCUCCUAAGGUGUCUCCUUUGCAAGCUGUGAUCGUUCCUAUCAUCAGCAAAAAGUUGACUGGAGAAACUGCUGAUCCGUACUGCAAAGCGAUCUUGAAAGACUUGAGGAAGCUAGGCAUCCGUGCCAAGUAUGAUGAUAGAGCCAUGUACAACCCUGGCUGGAAGUACAACCAUUGGGAACAAAAGGGUGUCCCAAUUCGUAUUGAAGUUGGUCCCAUGGAUAUUGAAAAGAAACAAACUCGCAUUGUCAUCAGACACAAUGGUGAGAAAAUGGAUCUUCCCGUUGAAGGUCUCGGUAGCGUGAUUGCAACAAAGCUUGAGGAAAUCCAAAAGACGAUGUUCGAGAAGGCACUGAAGGCACGAGAUGAACACAUUGCCAAAGUCACUGAAUGGAAGGACUUUGUACCCAACUUGGAGCUCAACAAUCUUGUGUUGACUCCUUGGUGCGGAGGCGAACACCAGGAUUGGGAAGAAUGGGUCAAGAAAACCAGUCGGGAAGAGUCGUUGAAAGCUCGUGGCGAAGAAGGCGAAGACGAGCGAACGGCAACAUCCGUGGCUGCCAAGACGCUAUGUAUCCCAUUCGACCAGCCAGAACUCCCAGAAGGUACUAAGUGUAUUGCAAGUGGCUUGCCAGCCACAUGCUGGUGCCUAUGGGGGCGAUCUUAUUAG